UGUCAUCUAUAACCAAUACAUUCGCACGCGGGUUCUUGUAGCUUUCUCCCGGUCACGCUAUUCGUGUCGGAGUAAACGAGAUUGUUAAUAUUGUUGGAACAUUGCAUCGCAUCGUCGCGACUUCUUCACGAUGUCGACCGUAGCGAGUCCUUUAGUCGUCGGAGGCGUGCGCCAGUUCGGAGCACCGGUGCGAACACAGAAUGUUAUGGCUGCUUGCGCUAUAGCCAAUGUAGUUAAAAGUUCUUUGGGACCAGUUGGUUUGGAUAAAAUGCUGGUCGAUGAUAUUGGCGACGUCACUGUUACCAAUGACGGUGCAACCAUCUUGCGUUUGUUAGUUGAGCAUCCAGCUGCAAAAGUUUUAGUUGAACUAGCCCAAUUGCAAGAUGAGGAGGUUGGGGACGGUACUACUUCAGUCGUAUUAAUAUCAGCUGAGCUCUUGAAGAAUGCAGAUGAGCUUGUGAAACAAAAAAUUCAUCCGACCUCGUCAUUAGCGGCUUACAGGCUUGCCUGCAAGGAAGCAUAAUACAUUCAGGAACACUUGACUGUCAGUGUGGAUGAACUCGGAAAAGAUUGCUUAGUUAAUGUCGCAAAGACAUCAAUGUCCAGCAAGAUUAUUGGAGCUGAUGCGAAUAUCUUUGGCAACAUGGUCGUCGAUGCUGCUAACGCGAUAAAAAUCAACGACGGCAAGGGAGGCUUCCUGUAUCCCGUUAAAGCGGUCAAUGUCCUGAAGGCUCACGGAAAGAGCGUUCGCGAAUCGGUGUUGAUUCAGGGAUAUGCUCUAAAUUGCACCGUUGCUUCGCAAGCAAUGCCGAAGAGGAUAACGAACGCAAAAAUCGCGUGCCUAGAUUUCUCGUUGCAGAAAGCAAAGAUGAAAUUGGGCGUUGAAGUACUUAUUACGGACCCAGAGAAACUCGAGGCCGUUCGUCAACGCGAAGCGGACAUCACGAAGGAACGUAUUCAAAAGAUCCUCGCCGCUGGCACCAAUGUCGUUCUCUUGUCUGGUGGCAUCGAUGAUUUGUGCUUGAAGUAUUUCGUGGAAGCGAAGACCAUGGCGAUACGCAGGUGUAAGAAGGCCGAUCUGAAAAGAAUCGCCAAAGCUACAGGCGCGCAAUUCCUGACUUCGUUGACCAACAUGGAGGGAGAGGAGAGUUUCGAUGCCAGUUUCCUGGGAGAGGCCGCCGAAGUAGUGCAGGAAAUGAUAUGUGACGACGAACUUAUUCUUAUUAAAGGGCCCAAGGCACGUACAGCGAGUUCCAUUAUUUUACGUGGACCAAACGAUUAUUACUGUGACGAGAUGGAACGUUCCAUACAUGAUGCACUAUGUGUUGUCAAGAGAGUUUUGGAAAGUAAGAGCGUCGUUGCAGGAGGAGGCUGUGUGGAGGCUGCGCUCUCCAUAUAUCUAGAGAACUUCGCAACAUCAUUGAGCUCCCGAGAACAGCUGGCUAUAGCGGAAUUUGCACGAUCGUUAUUGGUUAUACCAAAAACGUUAGCCGUAAACGCUGCGCAAGACGCAACCGAUCUUGUCGCUAAGCUUCGUGCCUAUCAUAAUUCCAGUAUAACAAAACCAGAUCUCGUCGACUUGAAAUGGGUGGGUCUCGAUUUAUUGGCAGGAACCAUAAGAGACAAUAAGAAAGCUGGUGUUUUAGAACCAGCCAUUUCAAAGAUUAAAUCCUUAAAGUUUGCCACGGAAGCUGCUAUAACCAUUCUUCGAAUCGACGAUAUGAUUAAACUGGAUCCCGAACGUUCGAAAACCAAAUCUUACCAGGAUGCCAUGGAAGCUGGCGAAUUGGAGGAUUAAUGAAUUGCGAGGAUCAAAAUGCAUUUAUGUAUUAUGUUAGACAUACGGUGCGUUUAUAUUAAAAAAAAGAGUUGUAAAUCUUUCAUUGUGCGUAUUCGUAAAAAUUGCAUCACGCAAUAAUAAAAAAAGAAUUCACAAUGUAAUUUAUAAUAUUCAUAACUUGCUAUUCAUACAUACUACGCACGAUUUUGUGUAUGUAAAAUACUGCUAUCUGAAAGAUUAAAAAUAAAGCUUUUUCAUAAAUAAUACUGGAAUUGUUCUGUAUCUGAUUGUUUAAUAAAUAUAUUAAGAGAGCACAAAGA